UUUCUUUUUUCUCUUCUUCUCCCUGCCAACUCCCUAGAGGUAUCCGUAGCUUAGGUAUAGGUACCUACAUUUGGUUUUUCCCCCAUAGCAAAAAUAAGACAAAAUAAAACACAAACCAAAAAUACAGCCGACAUAGGUAUAACACCCCCAACAACCCCCCCUCCUAAAAAAAAAAAGAAUUAUUCAAAGACAGGCCGUGGGAUCGCCAACCAAACCAUCCGACAACUUCGCACAACCCACCUCACCACGACGCACACCCACUACGAUUUUCGUAAAAUAACCCACGGACUCUCUCUGCGCUCCCUACGCACUUUUCCCAUUGGCACACACAACGCUACCCAGCACGAGUCCAGCUCGACCGCCCAACAUGAAGCGCAGAGCCCAGUCGCCGCCUGUCAGCCAGAACCCCGUCAAGAAGUCCAAGACUUCGCUGGGUAGCGACGAGGCCAGGAAGAGCUUUAGGAAGGGCCUCUUCGACCGCGACGUCCUGGACCGGUAUACGCGCGCCUACGCCAAAUCCGCCCCUUACAAGCACAGCGUCAUCAGCGAGCUGAUCGACGACAAGCUGCUGCGGGCCGUGCGCGAGGAGAUCAAGAACAACGUCUCCUUCACCCCCAAGGAGACCGACAUCUACAAGAUCCACCAGUCCGGCGACCUCGCCAACCUCGACGGCCUCGACGACGACGCUCUGGCGAAGCUGCCCUCGCUGCUUGCCCUCCGCGACGCCAUGUACUCCCAGUCCUUCCGCGACUACGUCGCCCACAUCACCGGCUGCGGCCCCUUGAGCGGCACCAAGACGGACAUGGCCAUCAACGUCUACACCCCCGGCUGCUUUCUCCUGUGCCACGACGACGUGAUCGGCAGCCGCAAGGUUAGCUACAUCCUCUACCUGACCGACCCCGACAUCCCCUGGAAGCCCGAGUGGGGUGGCGCGCUGCGCCUGUUCCCCGUGCAGACCAUCGAGGGCGAGGACGGCGAGGUGGCCAGGAUGCCCGCGCCUGACGUCACCAAGAUCAUACCCCCGGCUUGGAACCAGCUGAGCUUCUUCGCUGUCCAGCCCGGCGAGAGCUUCCACGACGUCGAGGAGGUAUACCACGCCGAGACGAAGGAGCAGCUAGAGAAGGAAGGAGGCAGGGUCCGCAUGGCUAUCAGUGGCUGGUUUCACAUCCCGCAGGUCGGAGAAGACGGAUACGUCCAAGGCGCCGAGGAGAAGCUGGCCAAGAACAGCGGUCUGAUGCAGCUGCAGGGAAACCCGGACCAGUACGACGCGCCUCGGGCCCAGCCGGUCGCCGUCGAGCAGCCGGGGUCGAGUCCCCAACAGGAAUUCGACGAGGCCGACCUCGAGUUUCUGCUCAAGUACAUGGCGCCCACCUAUCUCACGCCCGACACUCUCGAGCAGGUCCUGGACCGCUUCGAAGAAGACUCGAGCAUCUCGCUCCCCAACCUCCUCGGCAAGAAGUUCGCGAAGAAGCUGCACGACUUCGUCGCCGCGCAGGAUCGCGCCCCUCUGCUCGAAGAUAGCGCCGAGAUCGAGAAGGGCCCCUGGCGCGUCGCGAAGCCGCCCCAUAAGCACAGGUACCUCUAUCUCCGGCCGGGUGGUGCCGCCGCCGCCACUACGAACGGGAAGUCCAGGGGGGACGAGGAAGACUCGCCCAUCCGGGAGCUCCUCGAGGACUUUCUCCCGAGCCCGCAGUUCCGCCGCUGGCUGCAGAUGGCCACGGGCUGCGUGAUCGAGAGCCACGACUUCGUCGCGCGGCGCUUCCGGCGCGGUAGGGACUACACGCUCGCUACGGGACACGAGGGCAAGCCGCGGCUCGAGGUGACGUUGGGCAUCACGCCCACGAGCGGGUGGGGCGACGAGGAAGACGAGCACGAGGGUGAGGGCAAUGGCGAUGGCGAUGGCGAUGGCGACGACAGCGAUAACGACGAAGAGGAAAAGGGAAACGGGCCCUCUCCCUCGUCGUCGUCGUCGUCGUCCUCCUCCUCCUCCUCCAAGAAGAAGAAGGGAAAAUCCGAAAAAGAAGAAGAAGAUGACGGCGACGAGAACGACGGGAACGAAGAAGAGGAAGGGGGACGCGAGGGAGACGCCGGCGGCCAGGAAGUGUACCUGGCGGGGGACGAGGACGCGGCGGACGAAGACGCGGCGGUGUACAAGUCGGGGGUGAUCGGGCCGGACGGGGACAACGUGCUGUUCUCCCAGGCGGCGGCGUGGAACCGGAUGGCGGUGGUGCUGCGCGACGGCGGGACGCUGCGGUUCGUCAAGUACGUGAGCCGGCGGGCGCCGGGCGACCGGUGGGACGUGGCGGGCACGCUCGAGGUCGAGGAGCAGGACCUGCCGCCGGACGAGGAGGACGAGAUGCGCGGCGAAGAAGAGGGCGGCGGCGGCGGCGGGAGGGCGCCGCCCGACGGCAUCGACGAGGAGGAAGACGAGUGGAACGGGUUCCCCUCGCCCUCGCCCGACGACAGCGAUUCCGACUGACCUCGUCGCGCACGCUGCUGCGGCCGGCGCCGGAUGCUGGCCUGUCUAACCCGUCUCUUACCUGUCUAGUCUAGUCUUUUUUUCAUGUAGGUACAUCGGCCGCACGGGAUUCGUUCUGCAUCGCGAGGGAGAUCGGGAGUUAGGUGACUCGGGGAGUUUUUGUUUUUGUUUUUUUUUAUCUGUCACGUAGCAAUUGAACCAGCCUAUAUAAGCCUACAUACCGCAAAGCGUGAAUGUAGGCGUCUACGUUUUACGUGACAUUAUCUAUAUAUCUAUGUCUUCAACCCGGUUCGCUA